UAAUUUAUUUACUUUUUUUUUAAGGAACCAACAAUCAAGUUGUGUUUACUGUUUAGUAGACACAAUAUAUAUGGUACAAUUCUUCUAAAAAAAAUAAAUAAAUAAAAAAAAUAGAAUAGUUAUUAAAGAUUUAAAGUAGCACCCAACCUCUAUAUAUAUAGUAACAAUAUAGCAAGUGUUCAAUCAUCCAAGGCCAACAUAAUUUCAGAUGGCAACCACUCUAAUAUCAACCCUUACUCAUAAUUCUCAUGAUCUAAAAAAGCCAAUAAUAACUCCAUCUCCUCCAAAAUUAGCCAAAUACUUACAAGAAGAUGACAUAACAGAAGAAUGUCAAGCCUUAAUCUCCACAUUACCAAAAGAUCAAGGAUGGGUUCUAUCCUAUCUUUACCAAUACCAAGGGUUUUGGCACCCUAUUAGGCAACUUCAAGGUGUGCUUUCAUGCCAACGCCACUUCCAAGCUCGCGACACCGAUAUCAUCUUCAUCACUAGCCCUAAAUGUGGCACUACAUGGCUCAAAGCCUUAGCAUAUGCUGUCGUAAACCGAAAAACCAAUCUCCCUAGAGGUGAUAACCAUCCACUUCUCUCAAUCAACCCUCAUGAAUUAGUACCUUUCUUAGAGCUUAAGCUUUAUGUUGAUCACCAAGUCCCUGACCUCACAGAAUUGCCCUCUCCUAGGCUGUUUUCUACACACUUACCGGUCGAAUCGCUACCGUUAUCCAUCAAGGAGACGGGAUGCAAAGUUGUGUACCUAGCAAGGGACCCAAAGGAUGCCUUUAUAUCAUUGUGGCAUUUUGCUAACAAGUUGAGACCUCAAAAUAGUUGUAAGCUACAACUAGAAGAGGCAUUUGACAAGUAUUGCAAAGGUGUUAGCCUUUAUGGACCCUUUUGGGACCAUGUUUUGAGCUAUUGGAAAUGUAGCUUAGAUAAAUCUAACAAUAAUAAUGUGUUUUUCUUGAAAUAUGAAGAGUUAAAAGAACAACCUAAGUUGUAUUUGAAAAAAUUGGCUGAAUUUUGGGAGUGUCCUUUUUCUUUAGAGGAGGAAAAUAAUGGGGUUGUUGAUGACAUACUUGGUUUAUGUAGCUUUGAUAAUUUGAGCAAUUUAGAGGUUAAUAAGGUUGGGAAAUUGUCUUCAGGAGAACAAAAUAAGGCCUUUUUUCGAAAGGGUGAGGUUGGUGAUUGGGCUAAUUAUUUCACUCAAGAGAUGACUGAGAAAUUUGAAGAAAUUUGUUUGGACAAAUUUCAAGAUUGUGGUUUGAAGCUAUAAAUUAAUUUGAAUUUGCAUCUAGUGCAAUUUAUAUGUACGUCUUUUAUUAAGUUUGUAAUUCUAUAUUAUUAGAUUAUUAUGUGAUUCAUAAUCGUGUAUGUUGUUAGUAGUAGCUCUAAUAAGUGUCAAUGAAAUGUAACACAUAUAUUAUUAUAUAUAUUGUGUGUAAUAUCUAGAGAAUAAGGCUUUUUUUUUUUAUAACUCCAAUGAGGCUGGUAAUUGGGGUAACUUGAUGAGUUGCAUUAAAAUUAAGUUUUAGUUUGUGGCUUGUGCCAACGGUAUAA